CCUCUCAGUGUAGUCACAACGGCAUGAUCGGCGUCAGUGUUUAGCUAGCUACCGCUGUGACUUCAACAAUAAAUGUUUUUUUCGUUGUUUUCUAAAUAGUCUACGCGUAUUUCAUGAGCUGAAGUAGUAACAGUAACGACAUACAAGUAUUUUCACUUAUUUACCGUAUUUUGUGGUAAAACGCUUGAGAAAUGAUUGGGUUGCGUUAGCAUUUAGCUUUGUUGGGAUCUGUUGUACUGUAACGUCCAGGGAAUGAAUGAGCGCCUGUAAAUUAGUGAACGGCAAUUCUGUUUGACGGGGUUGGAAGAGGCGUUUAUAAACAGCAUAAUACACAUCAUAUAACUAUGGCUACCGGUGCUGAUGUUCGGGAUAUUCUGGAGCUUGGCGGAGCAGAUAAUGAUGGUCCCAUCAGUAAGAAAGAUCUUAUCAACUCGGAUAAGAAAAAAUCCAAGAAAGCAGCCGAAACGCUCACCUUCAAGAGACCAGAGGGAAUGCACAGAGAGGUUUAUGCUCUGCUUUAUUCAGAUAAGAAAGAUGCACCCCCUCUGCUACCUAGUGAUACCACUCAAGGUUACAGGACUGUCAAAGCCAAGCUAGGAUGUAAAAAGGUUCGUCCCUGGAAGUGGAUGCCUUUCACCAAUCCAGCUCGCAAAGAUGGGGCCAUUUUCCACCAUUGGAGACGGAUGGCCGAGGAGGGGAAGGACUAUCCUUUUGCUCGUUUUAACAAGGCGGUGCAAGUGCCAGUGUAUUCAGAGCAAGAGUAUCAAAUGCAUCUUCAUGACGAUGGCUGGACUAAAGGAGAGACAGACCAUCUCUUUGACCUGUGCAAGCGCUUUGACCUGCGCUUCGUAGUCAUCCAUGACCGCUAUGACUACCAACAAUAUAGAAAACGCUCCAUAGAGGACCUGAAAGAACGAUAUUAUAACAUUUGUGGUAAGCUGACCAAGGUCCGUGCAGCAUCUGGGACCGAGCCCAAGAUCUAUAUCUUUGAUGCUGGUCAUGAAAGGCGCCGAAAGGAGCAACUGGAGAAGCUCUUUAAUCGCACACCUGAGCAAGUGGCAGAAGAGGAGUAUCUAAUUCAAGAGCUAAGGAAGAUUGAGAACAGGAAGAAGGAGCGCGAGAAGAAAGCCCAGGAUCUGCAGAAACUCAUUAAAGCAGCCGACACGACUACAGAGUUGAGGCGAGCUGAAAAGAGGGUUUCCAAGAAGAAACUUCCACAAAAAAGAGAAACAGAAAAACCAGCUGUUCCAGAGACCGCUGGCAUCAAGUUCCCUGACUUCAAGUCCGCCGGUGUCACCCUGCGCAGUCAGAGGAUGAAACUGCCAAGCUCUGUUGGCCAGAAGAAGAUCAAGGCCAUUGAGCAGAUCCUGGCAGAGCAAGGAGUGGAUCUCAAUCCCAUGCCCACAGAGGAGAUUGUCCAGAUGUUCAAUGAACUUCGUAGUGACCUGGUGUUGCUGUAUGAGCUGAAGCAGGCCCAUAGCAACUGUGAAUAUGAACAGCAGAUGCUACGUCAUCGUUAUGAGGCCCUCCUUAAAGCUGGCAGUGGGGCUGGGAGUGGAGGUACCACGGGAGGAGGAACAUCUGGAGUCCCACAGGGUGGGGAUCUCAUUGCUGUAAACAGUACUGCAUCAUCCACUCCAGGGGCAGAAGCUCAGUCAUGGCCCAAUGUAGAUGAUAUCAAGGUUGAAGCCAAGGAGCAGAUCAUUGAUGUUGUAGGAGCGCCGCUUACACCUAACUCGCGCAAGCGGAGAGAAUCUGCUUCCAGUUCAUCUUCAGUAAAAAAGGCAAAGAAGCCCUGAUGCAAGCUGUAGCUCAUACUGUCUGGAGGACAAACGACUGGGUAACUUAUCCUGAUGACAGUGGAGUGCCCAGGAGUCUUAUGGCCAGACAAGAUGGACGCAACCAAUGUCCAUUUACACAGACACACCACCGACUCCACACACACACACAUAAACACAACCUCUCACCUACUAACGAGGCCUCUCCAAACCCUCCCGGUCUGGCCGUGACAAAGGCAAUGACUGAGUGACAUUUCAUUCCAUUACCGCUCGUCUCCCUGCCUCCACCACCGGUCGCCCAUAGAUGAGGCAAGAGCAACUGUAAAUUGCAAGGCUGAACUAAUCGGGACAGGGUGAAGAAGGUGGGAAUGACUGGGUAAUUGAAAUGAAUUGGAAUGAAGAGCCAGAGCUGGAGAGUGGGUGGACAUGGAACCGCAACGCUCAUUGGAGUCAUCUGAGGAUUUUUUUUUGUAGCCUAAUAAUGCAAUGGUGUUUACUGGAAAUGUGUUUUAGUGUUAGCUUGUAGAGCUGGCUUCUUCAAAACCUUUCUCUCUUGGACAACACUUCCAUCUUUCUGUUUUUAUGUCGAAUCAUCUUAAGGUUAUUUUCUAAUUACUUUGAAAACCCUACAGCUUACAAAAAAUAAAAAAAUAAAAAUCACUUUAUUUCUAA